UUUUGCUUACCGGUUUUUCUCUUCGUUCUCAGCAGAGAUUAGCCGGAAUUUCAAGAAAAUGGCGAAGCGGUACCGGAGCCUGUACUUCAUAGCGAUUCUCGUCGCCGUGUUCGUGUCGGCACCGCCGGCCGUAGCUUUUACUGAUCUGCUUGACGUCGUGGCUCUUCGAGAUCUUUACAAGACCCUCAACCAACCGCCACAGCUAAAGGGUUGGAGCCUGGAUAGUGGAGACGAUCCAUGCGAGUUGUGGUAUAGGGUCAGCUGUUUAAACUACUCGGUAGUGGAACUUGAUCUCAAUGGACUAAACCUCUCCGGGUAUAUUACUCCCGAGAUGUAUAAUCUCUAUAAUUUGAAGCACCUGGAUAUUAGUUCCAAUAGCAUUGGUGGUGAAAUUCCGUAUGUCUUACCGCCGAGAUUAAUUCAUGUAAAUAUGGCAUACAACCAUUUAAUCCAGAAUAUUCCCCCAUCCUUACCUGGCAUGAAAAGUCUUCGUUAUUUGAAUCUAAGCCACAAUUUGUUGUCUGGACCCAUUGGCAAUGUUUUUACUGGCUUACAGAAUUUAAGAGAAAUGGACUUGUCAUAUAAUAACUUUACUGGAGAUCUGCCAAGUUCAUUUGGAUCCCUCACAAAUCUCACUGGACUGUACUUACAGAAUAACAAAUUCACUGGAUCAGUUGCUUACCUAGCUGAACUUCCACUAAUUGAUCUGAAUAUCAAAGAUAACUCAUUCAGUGGUAUCAUCCCCAGUCAUUUUCAGUCCAUACCAAAUUUAUGGAUUGGGGGGAACAGUUUUCGUCUGCCAGGGGACAACUAUCCACCCUGGGAUUUCCCUCUAGAAACGCAAGGAGGUGUCAUUGAACAGGACAUCCACCCUCCGUCAGCAACUCAGUCAAGUGCCAUGGAGAAGAGCAACCCCUCUACCAAAGUAGGCGGACACAGGAAAUGGGGGUUUGGCCCUAAAGGAAUUGCUUUGGUGAUUGGUGGGGGAACAGUGGUUGUGUCAUGUGUGAUAGUUUACAUUCUUGUACGUUAUAGUGCGUAUCGCUUCAAUAAAUUACGAGCACAGAGGUUGGGGGCAAGUAGUUCAAGCCGCUCUUUCACAGUCAUUUCUACUUCUAAAGUCUUAACCACAGAUACUGAACCAUAUGGCAAUGGGUCCAUGUUGACUGAAGAAACCGAGAGCUCGGAAGAGGAGCUUCUUCCCCCUCAUAACAACUUAAGGCUGAUGUGUCCAAGGCCUCAGUUUUCACUGUUUGAGUUGAAGAAAUACGCAGGGAAACAAAGAUUAGAGCUGGAAUGGUUCAACCCAAUCAAUCACUCGGAUCAUUUCAUUCUCUAUCUUCUAAUUCUACGCCAAUCAAAUGAGCCUCGCUCCUCUACAACCACUCCCCAAGUUGCAUCUCCGCCGGCGCCGGCCACGACGAUGCUAUGGUACAUCCUCUACGGCUCUACAUCUUCAACCUUCGCUCUCAACAAGGACGAGCCAUGGCUGUUGUGCUGCCAGAUCCGCCAUAUCUCUCGCACGCGUCACAUCGAAUUUGACGACGAAGACGAUCCCCCGAAGUAG